UAAACAUUUUAUCAUGUCUGUGCAAUAACAUUUAUUUUUAUAUAAAUUCAAAUACUAGAUAAGUAAUAAUUAACAAUAACGGAAAGUCUUAUUAGUUACCGACGUGGAAUUUUUGUUACUAUUGAAUGAUUAUUUGCAAUUUACAGUAAAAUUGUUACUAGAUGAUAAAUAGAAGAAAUACAACCAUCUCUCAUUUUUAUCAAGAGCAAGUACUGUAUUUGCAAGUGUGUUAUUAUCACAUUUUUGUACAAAUAAGUGUUCAGCACUAAUUCCCUUGCUUUUUUUAAAAUGGUGUUUAAGCGUGGAGCACUAAUUGUUAUUGAAGGAGUUGAUAGGACUGGUAAAACGACACAAUGCAGAAAUCUUGUUGAAGGUUUAAAAAAUAAGGAUGUAGCAGCUAUGUACUCCAAUUUUCCUGACCGAACCUCUGAAAUAGGGAAAGUUAUUAAUCACUAUUUGACCAGAAAGACUGAAAUGUCCGAUGAAACGAUUCAUUUGUUGUUUUCCGCCAACCGCUGGGAGAAAUGUGGUGAAAUAAUAAAACAAUUGGAAACAGGAACCACACUUAUCAUAGACAGAUAUUGUUAUUCUGGAGUAGCCUUUUCGGGAGCCAAAGGAUUAGAUAUAAAUUGGUGUAAAAAUUCUGAUGUCGGCUUACCAAAACCAGACAAAGUAUUUUUUUUAAAUAUGCCAUUGGAAACAGCUAUGCAAAGAAACGGCUUUGGAAAUGAAAGGUAUGAGGUUAAGAAUUUUCAAAAAAAAGUCUUGGAUGUGUAUAUGCAAUUAAAAGAUGAAUGGGACAUCUUGGAUGCUAAUAGGCCCAUGGACAUAAUACAAGACGAACUCUUACAGAAGACCCUUGAGGUUGUAAAAAAUGUUAGCAAUGAACCUUUAGAUAAGAUGUGGAUUUAUAAAUAAGUAUUAAAGUAGUGUAGGAUAAUAGAUAAAUAAAUAUUGGUAUUUUUGAAAAA